AUGACCACAAGCUCCCAUUUUUCCCUCUCUUUCCCCACAAACCCACCCUCCAAAAGAUCCCCAAUCCACCACCACACGGGCCGCGCGCACCCGCACGUGCGCGCCACCAUGGCCGGAAAACGAGCCACGAGCUCCACACUCGUCCUCCUCUUCUUCCACCUCGUGACCUUGGCCUCGAGUGACCCGGAAUCCGAGACCCUCAUCAAGUUCAAGGAGUCCCUCAAGAACGCCGGAGCUCUCUCCAAAUGGGCCGGGCCGGGCCCUGCCUGCAGCGGCUGGCCCGGCGUCAUCUGCGAAGGAGGGGUUGUAUGGGGCCUGAAGCUUGAGAACAUGGGCCUGGGGGGGACGGUUGAUGUCGACUCGUUGAGCCAGCUCGCGGGCCUACGGACCGUGAGCCUCAUGAACAACGAGCUCGACGGGCCUCUGCCCAACCUGUCGCCGCUCGGGGCCCUCAAGAGCAUCUACCUGUCGAACAACAAGUUCUCAGGGGAGAUAUCGGCUGACACGUUCGAUGGGAUGAUGUCGCUGAAGAAGCUCCACCUGGCGAACAACCGGUUCGUGGGCCACAUACCGGUGGACCUGGCCCGGCUGCCGAAGCUGGUGGAGCUCAGGCUGGAGAACAAUGGGUUUGAAGGAGAGAUACCUGAGUUUCAGCAGGUUAGGCUGAGGGACUUCAAUGUGUCCAACAAUCAGUUGAUUGGGGAGAUUCCACUUGGGGUUGGACAUCUUAAUGCUUCAUCUUUUUCAGGCAACUUGGACCUAUGUGGGACCCCCCUAGAGCCAUGCACCAUCAAGAGACACAUACCUCUCGUAACCAUCAUCGCCGUCUCCGUCAUCGUGACCGUGGCCGUGGCGGCCCUCUUAGCCGUGGUCGUUAUCCUCCACCGCCGCAAGAAGCCCGUCGCCCAACUCGACCCCAACGAGACCGUCGUCACCGCUGCCGCCGCCAAGGACGGGCCGGGCCCAGGCGACCUGGACCAAGUCGAGCGGGGCCAGGGCUCGAUGUCCCCCGAGAUGGGCCCCGGGAAGCCCGGGGUCCGGCUGACGUUCCUUAGGGAGGGCGGAGACAGGUUUGACAUGUCGGACCUUCUCAAGGCAUCGGCGGAAGUGCUCGGGAGCGGAUCGUGCGGGUCGACGUACAAGGCCGCGCUUGACAGCGGGAAAGUAAUGGUCGUUAAGAGGUUUAGGCAGAUAAACAAAGUUAGUCGUGAGGAGUUCGUCGAGCACAUGAGGCGGCUCGGGAGGCUCGACCACGACAACGUCCUCCCCAUCAUCGCCUUUUACUAUCGCAAGGAGGAGAAGCUCCUCGUGGCCGAAUACGUCCCGAACGUCAGCCUUGCCAACCAGCUUCACGGCAAUAAAUCCAAAGGCGAGCCGACCCUCGACUGGCCCACCCGGCUCAACAUCAUCAAGGGCGUGGCUAGAGGCCUCCAAUACCUCUACCACGAGCUCCCGAGCCUGACGGCCCCACACGGCCACCUCAAAUCCUCAAACGUCCUCCUCGACUCCUCGUUCAAGCCACUCCUCACGGACUAUGGCCUACUCCCCAUCAUCAAUCCGGACCACGCGCGCUCCAACAUGGUCUCACACAAAUCACCCGAGUCGUGCAAAUCCGGCGGUCGGAUCACGCGGAAAUCCGACAUAUGGAGCCUCGGAGUACUCAUACUCGAGACCGUGACCGGGAAAUCCACGUGGGACAACGGGGAGCUCGACGACCUGGCGUCGGAGGAGCUCGACCCAGAUGUUGUGGGGCCCGCAAACCGAGGGGAGAUGAUGAGGUUGCUGAGAGUGGGGCAGAGCUGCUGCCAGGCGGACCCAGACGCACGUCCCGAGAUCAAAGAGGUGAUAGAGAAGAUCGACGAGGUGGGGGAGAAAGAGGGGGAUGACGACUUCUACUCGACGUAUGCCAGCGAGGCAGACAUGCGGUCUUCGAGAGGGCUUUCGGACGAUUUCAAGACGAUCAAUAUAUAG